CCGUCCGUCCAUUACAAGCCCAUGACUCAGUGCUGCUGUGUUGGCAGGCUUUAGAAAGCGGGAAUCUUGUGCUGGGCCAGUAUCUGUGAGUUUUCUGUUUGAGGACGGCACAUCCACUCAGCACGUGGUAAGAGGGAGGUUUGCGUGUGGAGCUGUCACGUUUAGCAGCGCUUCCGACUGGGGCUGCUUUCUGCCCUGCAACAGCACUGCCCCUUGGGCAAGCCUUCUCCUUCGACGUUCACCUGCCUGAUCCAUUUCCUAAAAGCUUUUACAAGUGCUUCUAUCUUAAAACAAACAAACAAACAAACAAACAAACAAACAAAAAAAACCCAAAAAACCACCAACCACCACCACAAAAAAACACCACCCCAGGAUACAGCCCAUAAAGGCUCGUUCGGGUUUUUCUGGGGACAAGAGGGAAGAGAAGGUAGGUCGAUGCAUUUACUCCUGUUUCUUCGCUGUGCUUUUUCUCACCCUGAAAACCGCAAAAACGGACUGGUUACAGCCUUUCCAACCCUAUCCAUGCUCAUAUGACUAGUAGAGGAGGGGGCGGCAGUCCCCUUUUUCUUUUGCUAGGGACAGAUGCAAGCGCAAUGCGCCGUUCCCGUUCCAGACCGCUUUCAGUUUCCAUUCUUCAGCUGCACUGAAGUUUCUUUUUCCCGUCGCUCCCUGCUUGGGGGCGGCUCCCGCUCUCUCCCCAGCAGGUUUCCCCUCUCAGCUGCCGGGAUCGGGAUCGGGCCCGCCGGCGGCGCUGCGCAGCCGGCCUCGCCAUGACGGCGGAGGAGAAGCGGAACCUGCAGUGCUACAGGCGGUACAUCGAGAGGAGCCUGAACCCCGUGUACAUCCUCAGCAACAUGACGGACUGGCUGUCGGACGAGGUGAAGGAGCGGGUCCGAAAGGAGGAGGAGAAGGGCGUGACGGCGGCCGCCGCGCUGUUCCUGGACGCCGUGCUCCUGCUGGAGGCGGAGGGCUGGCUCCGGGCCUUCCUGGAUGCCCUGGCCGCAGCAGGUUACACUGGACUGGCAGAAGCAAUUGAAAAUUGGGACUUCAGCAAACUGGAAAAACUGGAGCUGCACAGGCAGCUGUUGAAGCGGAUAGAAGCAACAAUGCUAGAAGUUGAUCCUGUAGCAAUCAUGCCAUACAUAAACACAUGCCUGAUAGAGAGGGAGUGUGAUGAGAUCCUGCAGAUCAGUGAAUACAAGAGCAAAGCAGCCGGGAUAACUAAACUCAUCGAAUGCCUCUGUCGCUCGGAUAAGGAAAACUGGCCCAAAAGUCUUCAGCUGGCAUUGGAUAAUGCAGGAUAUUACAAUGCAAGUGAACUGUGGAAUAUAAGAGAAGAUAAUGGCAAAGAUGUUGAUGGUGAAAUGACAGAUGCCUCUGAAGAUCACUUUGAAACCAUGAUGACAUUUUCUGAAGAAGCGGAAUGUGAUAAUCUCAGUGAAAAUCUCUCUUCAGUUUCAGAAAGUGUCUAUGAGUCUUCACCUGUUUAUGAACCAAAGAAGGCUCGGAGCUACCAAAUUGAGCUUGCACAGCCUGCUAUUGAUGGGAAAAACACACUGAUUUGUGCCCCCACAGGAUCUGGGAAAACUUUUGUGGCACUUCUGAUUUGUGAACAUCAUUUGCAAAACAUUCGCUCAGGACAAAAGGCAAAAGUUGUCUUCCUUGCAACCAAAGUGCCAGUGUAUGAGCAACAGAAAAAUGUAUUCAGGCAGCAUUUUGAAAGAAGUGGAUACUCUGUUCAAGGAAUUUGUGGUGAAACAGUGGCAAAUAUCUCUGUAGAGAAUGUUAUACAGGACAGUGACAUCGUUGUGCUAACACCCCAGAUUCUUGUGAAUAGCAUAGAGAAAGGGAUCCUUAGCUCCCUCUCCAUCUUCACUCUGAUGAUAUUUGAUGAGUGCCACAACACUACAGGCAACCACCCUUACAAUGUGUUGAUGGCCAGAUACCUGGAUCAAAAAUUUGACUCCUCUGCAAACCAGCUGCCUCAGAUUGUAGGUUUAACUGCUUCUGUUGGAGUUGGUAAUGCUAGGAACACCAAUGAAACUGUAGAGCACAUCUGUACCCUCUGCUCCUAUCUUGACAUACAGGCCAUAUCCACUGUCAGAGAGAACAAAGAAGAUCUGCAGAGGUUUAGAAACAAGCCAGAAACACAUAUCAGAUGGGUUAAAAUGCGAGCUCAGAAUCGCUUUGCAGACAUCAUCUCAGGUCUGAUGUCUGAGACAGAGGUGUUGAUGAGGAAGACUUACUCAGUGGAUACCGUCUCCCAAAUCAAUAAGAAUUACUUUGGAACACAGAGAUACGAACAGUGGAUAGUUUCCACUCAGAGGAAAUGCAGACUGUUGCAACUGGAAGAUAAGGAGAAGGAAAGCAAUAUUUGUAGAGGCAUUUUCAUUUGUACUGAACAUUUGCGGAAAUUCAAUGACGCUCUCAUUAUCAGUGAAGAUGCCCGCAUCGAAGAUGCUUUGGCCUACCUAAAUGAAUUUUUCACCAAUGUAAAAAAUGGACCAUAUACAGAGUUAGAGAAGCAACUGACGGAGAAAUUUCAAGAGAAAGAAAUAGAGCUGACUGCCCUUUCAAAAGAUGAGUCAAAUGAGAAUCCAAAGUUGGAAGAGCUCACUUGCAUCCUGGAUGAAGCAUACCACUAUAACCCAGAGACUCGCACUAUUCUCUUUGCCAAGACAAGAGCCUUAGUAGCUGCUUUGAAGAAGUGGAUAGAAGCAAACCCUCUACUUAGCCACAUAAAGACAGAUGUGUUGAUGGGUAAGGGAAGAAGAGAUCAUAAAACAGGUAUGACCCUGCCAAUGCAGAAGUGUGUACUGGAGGCAUUCAGAAAUGACAAAGACAUCAGACUGCUAAUUGCUACAUCUGUUGCUGACGAAGGCAUUGAUAUUACUGAGUGCAACCUUGUGGUGCUCUAUGAAUACUUCGGUAAUGUCACCAAAAUGAUCCAAGUCAGAGGUCGUGGAAGGGCAAAAGACAGCAAGUGCAUCCUUGUGACAAGCAAAACAGAAGUGGUUGAGAAUGAAAAACUAAACACUUACAAGGAAGAAAUGAUGAAUGCAGCUAUCGAAAAGCUACAGAACUGGGAUGAAACAACAUUUGCAAGAAAGAUACAUCAGCUGCAAAUGAAGGAAAAGAUACUACGAGAUUCCAGGAAGAACGAAACAAAACGUGAAGUAGUGGAAGGGAAAAAAAAUCUUUUGUGUGGAAAAUGCAAAGUAUAUGUCUGCAGUACAGAUGACAUCAGAAUUAUAAAGGAAUCUCAUCACACUGUCCUAGGUGAUGCGUUCAAGGAGCGUUAUCUAACAAAGCCCCAUAGGAAACCAGUUCAGUUUGAUGGUUUUGUGAAAAAAAGCAAGAUGCAUUGCCGAAAUACUGAGUGCCAGCAUGACUGGGGGAUCAUAGUGAAGUACAAGACAUUUGAUAAUCUGCCAGUGAUCAAAAUCAAAAGCUUUGUACUAGAGAAUGUUGAAACUGGGACACAAAUGGAGUUUCAGAAAUGGAAAAGUAUUAAUUUGUCUUUGAAGAAUUUUGAUGAAGAAACAUCCAGCUGAACUCAACAUUUUAAUGGAUAUAUUGUUCUAGUGCACUAUGCUGAACUAGCAGAUGAUCUAUUUUCUUUUAAAACUUUUGUUCUUUAUGCUAGGCCACUCACCUGCAUCUGGCUAGAUUACAAAAGGCUGGCAAACCCACUAAAACCAAUGUUUGCUAUAUAAUUAGAUACUUCACCAGAAGGACAAACAUGAGCCUAGGUGUCUAGAUCCAAAUCAUUAUGGCUGUGAGAAACCUGGUAGGAAAAAAGUAAGAUCAAGUCAAAUGACUUAACUAAAUAUCCAGCUUUAGGUGACAGGCUACACCUUCAAGAACUGAGGUGCAAACCGGCAUCUCCUUUGAUACUACUAAUGUGUUGUUGGAUUGUACAUCCUUGAGAACAACAUGGCUUACUAGCACUUCAGGCACUACUCUAGCUACUUUUGAAACUUCUAAGAAAGUUACUAUAUAUCUUCUAGAUGUAGAUAUAUAAAAUUGAAAGAAAAAUGUCCAGUAACUUUUCUGUAAGGAAGAUACUACAUCUCUUAAAUCUGUCUUUAUUAGGAAAUGCUUCUGCAACAGUAAGAAAUGUAGUAGGGCAGAGCCCUCUUGGGGAUUCAUCCUUGUGAUUAAAAUGGUAGCACUUUUUUAUAUCACUACACCUUGACCAAGUUGCUGUUGCUCAAGUUGCAGAAUGGGCACCCUCCUGUGUUGCUGAACUGAACAAACCCUAAUAGGGACAAGACAGUGCCCUGGAUCAUGCGUGGAGGUUCUGUUGUGAUGAUGAUUAGCACUUACCUGGAUGCCCUGUCUCAUGGAUUACCCAGAUCCCAGACUUCUCUGGGAAAGCCAGAAAUUCCUACAUAGUUAUGAAAUGUACUUGUACAAUUCAAAGCACCUGCUGAUUCUACACAUCUUCAAUGAGUUCAGUAUUCAGGAUUUCUAGAACCAAAACCAAAUGCAUUUUAAGUUCAUUUUGUGUAUUUGACAGUGUGGUAAAGUAUGUAUGUUCAAGAAUUUUGUUACAAAACACCAUAACUAAUUUUAAAAACACAGAAAACAGACCAUACACCCCUUGCACCUAAUUUAAGAGUUUAAAAAAAUGAACCUAAAUUUAUGAGUUCAAAAAUGACUUUAAACUGCCUAUAUCCUACUCAUUGAGGCUUGCGGUGUUCUUGUAAAGUGUUGUGUGGCAUUAAAAGGAAAAGAACUUUGUAAGCACUACUUCAUGUUCCACCCCAGUCCACGGCUUUUACUGUGAAAGCUGCAUGCACUGUACAGGAAGGCUGAAUCUCAGUUCUACAGUAACUUCCUCUGUAUUUAGUUUUUACCUAAAAGGAAACACAGAACAAUGAAUAAAGAUGAUUUAUGUUUAGAUAAUGCCUCCCCUCCAAAAAUACUAGGAACAAAAUACUUUUGAAAAAGGCUGGUUCAGGUCAGAUUAAAAGUACAUGGAAAAAACACAGUUCUCAAGUAUCAAAUUGCUCGGUGAAGGUACCAUAUGCUUUGGGACUCUUGGCAUAAAAAAAUAAUCAGUCCAAAAUUCUAGUUUAUAGUAGUAACUACUAGGAAGUUAAACUUGAAAAGUUUUGGUAUUUUUGUAUUCUUUGAACACAAGGAUUUCAGACUAAAACAACUUAGCAAUUCAGCCUUAACGAGUACUAAAGGCUGAUGGGAUAACACAUUAUUAACAAUUCAGCUUGAUACAAGAAGCCUUUCCUUCAGUACACAGUGGAGAUGGGUGGGUGGGGAACAAUACCAGCACUCUAAUUUGGCUUUUGAGAGUUUGAUUUUUCUUUUAAAUUGAAGCUGAAAUUGUGUAUUUCUUACUAAGGUUACUACCAUAUUAACAACUCUCUGUUCACAGAAUCACAGAACAGCUAUAGUUGGGAGGGGCCUCCAAAGGUCAUCUUGUGACCCAAGGGAUUGCCCAGGACAAUGUCCACAUGUCCAGACAGAAUCUGAAUGUCUCCAAGGAUGGAGACACCACAAUCUCUUGGCAAUCUCCUCAGAUCAGCAUUUGGUCCCUGAGUGAAAAAGUGUCUCCUGUUGUUCACAAGGAAGAUCCCGCGUUUCACACUGUUCAUGCCCACUGCUUCUUUCUCUGUCAUUAAGCACCACUGGAAAGAGCCUGGUUGCAUAUUCUUUUGUGCCCUCCAUUCAGAUAUUUGUUCACAAACACCAAAGAUAUCCCCGAGCCUUGCCAUCACUGGACUAAACAGUCCUGGCUCUCAGCUUCUCCUUGUGAGAGACACUUCAGACCCUCCAACAUUGUGGUGGACCUCUGAUGGAUUUACUAGAGGAGCUCUAUCAGAAUCAAGCAAUAGCCUAUUUCAGGUACAGUGCAAUCUCUGUGCCCUCCUUAAGUCUCUUUCAUAACUAUUUUAAGCGUUGUUUUUUAUCUGGAAACAGCCAGACCUGACUGCACUAAAAACACUUUAGGAAAUUACUUUGAAGUAAUUUCUCCACUAUGUUAAUUGUUAUGGCAGUUCCUGUAAAUACAGUGAAAGAGUUAGAAUUAGUACUAUAAACUUGUUUAUCUCUGAGUAAGAAUAGUUUGUUCCUGUAAAUAUAUUCACAUGGCAUUGUUCAUUGGGCAGUCAUUUAGUGGAUGAAUGUAGUAACUAGUUGCUAACGGACACAGAAAUUGCUGACAAGGAUCUUGCAAGUGCAGAGAUUGUUUUCUUGAGGACACAAAACAGAGGGAAUUGUAUCAUGCCAGUAUUCUGUUGGGUUACAGAAGACUGACAGUAUCUGACAGUAUUUUUAUUCAUUCUAUCUCAUGCAAACUUGUCAAA